AUGUCGUCGCAAGAACUGACACUCAUCGUUGCCGCCACGAAGAGCAUGGGCAUCGGCGCCAACGGCUCAAUGCCCUGGCAGGGCCUCCGCAAGGAGAUGCAGUACUUUGCACGCGUGACGACCAGGCUGCCACCAGAGAAUGAAGUGAGAAAGAAGCUAAGGAAAGGGUCUUGGAAGGCCGCGCCCGGCUCGGUCAACGCCGUCAUUAUGGGCCGCAAGACGUGGGACUCGAUCCCCCCAAAAUUCCGCCCGCUCAAGGACCGGCUCAACAUCGUCGUCACCCGCUCCGCGAGAGACACGCUGCUCACCCCCCUGCCGCCGAAGACGCUGCCCCUCACGGAGCCCCUCCGCGUGUCGUCGCUCGAGCGGGCCCUGAUGUGCGCGGACGCGCGGUGCGGCGACGGGCGCGUCUUCGUCAUGGGCGGCGCCCAGAUCUACGAGGCGGCGCUGGCGCGGCGCGAGGCGAGGCGGGUGCUGCUGACGAGCAUCGGCCGCGAGUACGGGUGCGACACGCACUUCCCGCUGCACCUGACCUGCAGCCCCUUGCCGCCCCUGGGCUGGAGGCGGAUGGAUCGCGCGGCGCUGGAGGCGUGGACUGGCGAGCAGGUGGAGGAGGGCGGGCAGGAGGAGGCUGGGAUCAAGUAUGAGUUCCAGAUGUGGGAGAAGAUUCCGGGAUCUGAAGUUUUAAAUAUACGAAGGACAUUUGAGCGUGAAGAUUAA